AAAUUAUUGUUGGGUAUAACUUUAUCGUUUUCAUUUAUAUUUUACUGGUUUUUUUAAAGGAAAGUACUUCAAGUAAUAAAUGUGAGAGUGUGGCAGUAACAAAUGAUGAAGUUGUUGUCGUUAAUCAGGAAUUAAUUCAUUUACUAAGCGAAAAUCGUACUAUUGAACCAAAUGUUAUUGGAGAAGCCGAGUGUAGAAAUUCCGAGUUAUCAGAAUCAUGCACAAACUUUUCGAUAUACGAUUUAAUGAAAAAUUUAGAGACGCAAAAGUUACCUAAAAAAUGGAGCUGGGUUGAUGAUUAUUUGAAUCCACCAGCAGUUAUUCUUUGCCAUUUGGAUUAUAAAUGUUAUGACCUAAAGUUCCGUGUGAAAAUUGAUAAAGCCUUGAAUAUAACAGUCACAAAUGUAAAAAUCAACCAAACAAAAAAAAUUGAUUAUGUUACCUCAAAUAUGUGUGAUUUUUGGAAAUUGUUAGAGUUUUUGGAAGCUUCUCAAAUGUGUAGUGGAAGUGGAUGUGAUAGUAAAAAAUCUUCAGUAGCAUGUACGGUAUUGUUAGAGCCGAAAAAACUAUAUAAGAAACAGGCAGCAAUAUAUCGAUGUGACUCAUGUCGACAAGUGAGAAAAAAAAUAGGUAAUCAAUUGUAUAGACCAAAAUUGGAUAUUGAUGCGAAAAAUAAAAAACUAAAACUUAAGCUAAACUCAGUAAAAAAGAAAAAUAUUCGCUUAACUAAUAAGAAUGAAACUUUAAAACUAACCGUUGAAGAAGAAAGACAAAGGUGUGCUCAUGCUUCUGAAACACUAAUCAACCAAGAAAUUUUAAACUUGCCUCCUAUUUAACAAGAAACGGUUAAAGCUUGUUUUGCAGCUGCAAAAGCUAAAAACUCUAAACAACGGAGAUAUACAAUUGAGUGGGUAUAUGAGUGCCUCUUAAUUAGAAUAAAGAGUUCCUCUGUUUAUGAUAGACUCCGAUCUAGACAAAUUUUACCCCUUCCUUGUAAAGAUACACUUCAAAAAUACAUUCAAAAACUAGACAGCGCGUUUGGUUUUUCUGAAGCUCUUUUUGAAACUCUUAAAUUAAAAGGUUCUCGAAUGGAAGUAAACGAGAAGAGGGGUAUUUUAAAUUUUACUUAUUUCUUGCGUGUUGCAGCAGAUAGUAGAACUAACAAUGGCACACUUUUGCUUGAUGAAGUAGCAUUAAGUGAAGCUACAAACUUAAAUCAACGAACUAUGCAGCUCGAUGGUUUUGUUGAUUUGGGUUCUUAUACACCGGAAAAGGAUCUCAACACUCGAGCUGACCACGCACUAGUAUUCAUGUUUCAACCUUUUCAAGGUGAUUGGGUGCAAGUGAUAGGCUGCUUUCUCAGCCGAAGUGCGACUAUCAGCGAAAUUCUCCAUAAGUUGAUAAUUGAAUGUGUAUUACUGCUGGAAAAUGCUGGUUUUAAAGUUGAUGCAGUUACUUGUGAUGGAGCUCAAUGGAAUCGAAGCGCAUGGAAGUUAUUUGGUAUUGAAGACUACAAAUUUAGUUGUCAGCAUCCACAUGAUCCGAGUCGGCGUUUAUGGUUCCUCUCGGACUUUUCCCACUUACUAAAAAACCUGAGAAAUAAAAUCAUGGAAACACCGUUCUUUUGGACACCAGAUGGUUUUGUUUACCGUAAAUAUUGGGAGGCACUGUUAACUUACGAGAAUAGCUUUAAAGCAAAUUUAUCCGUAACAUAUAAAUUAACACCUGGUCACAUAAAACCGGAGCAGUAUCAAAAAAUGAACGUUCUUUUGGCUAUGAAGUUGUUUUCAAAGCGAUUGAGAGUGACAAUGGAGAUGUAUGCGGACAAUUGCCCCGAGCUUAGAGGAUGUGAAUCUACAAUUGCAUUUAUGGAGAGGGUUGAUCGACUUAUUACUGCUAUGACUUCAAGAACUCCGAUGAAUGCUUUACGCGCUGAUCCUUCAUGUGAAAUGAGAAAGGCUAUCACUGACUUUAUUAAGUAUCUCCGAGAAUGGGAAGAACAUGCAAUAGAAGAAAAGAAAAGGUACAAAGACUUGCGGGAAAGCUUAGACGAGGAUCAACUACCUGGAAAAUUUUUUUUUGCAAUCACCCCAAGCACUCUGACUGGAUUAAAGAUCUCUCUUGGGGCGACCUUAGAACUUAUUGAUUUUUUACAUAACGAAUGUAACUACGAUUAUCUUAUGACAAUACGUCUCACUCAAGAUGCUUUAGAGAAGUUCUUUGGAAUUAUGAGAAGUGCCUGUGGAUGUAACGAUCAUUCCGACGUCAUGCUAUUUGCUCAAGUAUAUCGAUUGUUGUGUUCCUAUUCUCUUGCAACUCCUCCAAAGGGUUCCAAUGUUACAGCUGGUGAAUUAUUGCAGUCGUUAAUGCAAACAAAAGAUUCUUUGGCUUUGGCUUCUGCACCGAAGAAUGAAUGGUUAAAAAAACUUGAUGCCAUAGUUGAAAAUGGUAUCAACGAGAAAAUACCUAAACCUAAUGAACGACUUGAUGAUGGCAUUGAUAAAGACGGUGGUAUAUCUGACGGAGGGAUUGAUUUUUGCGACUUUGGAGACGGUCGCAAUUUCAGUACACAGCAUGGCGACGAAGGUGAUACUAUUAACCAUAGCAACAUAUCAGACGGGCGAACAAAUGUUGGCAAUGUACCUUCUGUUAGUCGUGUCAAUACUAGUGACGAAGAAGACGAAGAAGUGCAUCAAGUUCAGCAACCAUGCAAUAGGAAACCAUUUGAAAGCUUAGUGGAUGAUAGUGAUUCUAGUGAUGAUAAUGAUAAUCAAGAGAAGUUAAAUAUUUCUUCUUUUCAAGACUCUUAUCAUGACCAUGACUAUGAUGUCGUUAAAUCUAGUGACGAAAUUAUCGCGUAUAUUGCUGGCUACAUGGUGAGGAAAACGAGUCGAUAUUCUAAGUGUUUUACCUGCAUAGAAACUUUACAGUCAACAAGUAUAUCUACAAGUGGUCGAGAUAAAUUUAUUGAACUGAUGAGUGACGGUGCGUUAAUUUACCCAAGUGAAAAUUUAUUUCUCCUUAUUCAAAGCCUUGAAGAAGACGUUCUAUCUGUUGUAGGAACGAAAACUAUUAAGUGUAAUACAAUGCAUCAGAUUUUGGUUAAGAUAUCAUUACGACAGUCGCUUCCUACUGUUGGGUGCGCCAAACAUACUAAGCAAUUAAUGGUGAAAGUCAUUAAUUACUUUAUAGUCAUGCGAGGUCACUUUCUGGCUAAAUUAUUCAAUAAAAAUUUGAAUCAACGAAAAAUUCUGACUAGAAAACACCGCAAAACUGCAAAGUUGGCGUAGAUGAUAAAUAUGUUAUAAUUUUAUUAAUAUUCAUAAAAAAUUUAUCAGUAUUACUUCUAUUUAAUAAAAUUUAUACAUUUUAAA